AUGGACAACUCGCUACUAGAAUCGUCCCUCACCUUCUCCGAUGAGCCCUUCGCUUCCCUCCUGGACGCCCGGAUCCUCCGAUCACUAGCCGACCUCUCGUUCACCCACCCAACGCUCGUACAAGCUCAGGCUAUCCCGCUGGUCUUGCAAGGAAAGGAUGUACUGGCCAAAGCACGGACGGGGAGUGGAAAGACGGCUGCUUAUGGACUUCCGGCGAUCCAAAAGGUCUUGCUCGCCAAAGCUGACGGUAAUGCUGCUCCUGGUAUCCGAGCUCUGAUCCUGGUGCCCACUCGAGAACUGGCUCAGCAAGUGACCUUGUUCAUCAAGAGCGCUAUUACGUAUUGCGAAGGGAUCGUCAGCGUCAUGAACGUCGCAUCGGGGAAAUCCAGUCUUGCUUUGAACGAGAUUCCUGAUAUUCUCGUAGCGACCCCGUCCAAGUGUCUCGCUCUGCUGCAGGCCAAGACUAUAUCGCUUCCCUCCCUCUCCCUGCUCAUCAUCGACGAAGCCGAUCUCAUCCUCUCUUACGGUCAUUCCGCCGACGUGCAACGCUUGCUGGACCCCUCGCAGGGCUACGUACCGAGAGUCGGGGUGCAGGGUGUCUUGAUGAGCGCAACGAUGACGAACGAUGUCCAGGCUUUGAAAGGGUUGGCACUGAGGAGCCCGGCCGUCUUGACCCUGUCCGAACCCUCAUCCUCAUCCUCCUUGACGCAAUACAGCACGCACACGACCGAGAUGGACAAGUUCCUCGUCCUCUACGUCCUCCUGAAACUCAAGCUCGUCAAGGGGAAAUCCUUGAUAUUCGUCAACACCGUCGAGAGGGGUUAUAGGAUCAGGUUGUUCCUGGAACAGUUUGGAAUCAAGGCUUGUGUGCUCAACGCGGAGAUGCCCCUGAACUCGAGAUAUCACGUCGUCGAGGAGUUCAACCGGGGAGCUUACGAUUACAUUAUCGCUACGGACGAAGCGGACAUGUCGAUCGCUGACGAGGUCAAGGAGGAGGAGACGGAUAAAAAGGAGGAAGAGAAGGAGGAAUUGAUCCCAAGUGGGAUCCCCACUCAGGUCGAGGGCGAGGGAGAGGACCCGACCGAAGAUCCAGAGCAGGAGACACCCAUGGAGGAGGACGCAGCAGAGAGCAGCAAGACGGCCGGGAAGCGAAAAGCUACGGAUCAACCCGCUACAGAGAAGAGUCGGUCGAACAAGAAAGGGCGAAAGGAGGACAAGGCAUACGGCGUGUCCCGAGGUAUCGAUUUCGUCGCCGUGGCCUGCGUCAUCAACUUUGACCUACCCUCAACGACGAGUGCCUACACGCACCGAGUCGGACGAACGGCACGGGCAGGUCAGACCGGUUUGGCUCUGUCCCUUGUUGUACCCAAGAAGGGCAUGUCGAAGGACAAGCAGAUCCAUUUGGAGAGCGCCAAGCAGGACGAAAAGGUCUUCCAGAAGAUCAAGGAGCACGUCAAGGACGAUAUGGGUGCCGAUAUCAAGGAGUGGGACUUUGGGGGUAGGAAAAAGGAGAUCGAGGGGUUCAGGUAUCGAAUGGAGGAUGCGUUGAAGGCUGUGACAGCGAAGCGCGUGCAAGAGGCUCGACGAGAAGAAUUGAGGCGGGAGCUGCUGAACAGCGAAAAGCUCAAAGCACACUUUGCAGCAAACCCGCUCGACUUUUCUUACCUGCGACACGACGCACCGCUUAACCCUGCUCGAGUGCAACCUCAUAUGAAGCACGUACCCAACUACCUGAUGCCCAAGAUCGCCAAGGUACCGAUCAACGAAGAGGUCGAGGGCCACGUCCCUUUCGCUCGAGGGCAGCGAGGUGGACGAGGUGGAGCUCGAGGAGGUCGCGGCGGUGGAGGUGCACGAGGCGGUGCACGGGGAGGUCGAGGUGGGAGAAAGUCGAACCCGCUCAAGAACUUUUAG